AUUAUACUUUUAAUUGUGUAUAAAAUUUAUACAUAAUUAUUCUUUCUAAUAAAUAAUAAUUCACAAGUUGUAUAUAGUACAUUAAGAUGUGCUAAGUAUCUGUGAGCGUGUUUUUCAAUUAAAAAGUAAAAAUUGUGUUAUAGUAUAAAUUAUCGCAAAAUGUCAUUGAUACUACGAGUUAAUUUACGACAUAAAUGUCAAAUUUUUCUUCAAGAAAAUAAAUAUUUGGGAUGCAAUUAUCUUCAUAUGAACCAUGAUAGAAAUUUUAAGAGAGCUGUUCAUAAUGAUCAAAAAAUUACUGAAGAACAACCUACAGAAAUCUAUCGAGGAAAUCUAAACAGUCGUGUACGUAAUGUGAAAUUAUUUUCUUUAGGAUCAUCAGUGUGUGCACUUGCGGUGCAACCAUACAUCAUUUCAAAAGCUAUGGCAUUAGACAGUGUGCCAGGUAUCGCAGGAUCUAUCUUUUUGGGAUUCACUUCGGUUUUUACGACAAUACUUUUUCAUCUAGUAACAAAGAAUUAUGUAACAGUUAUUUAUUAUGAUUCUAAAAGAGACAAAUAUCUUGCUACAACUUACACCAUAUUUCUUCGUGAAAAUAAAAUUGAAUUUACACCAGAUGAUGUUGUAGUACCAGACAUUACUGGUAUUUUUACAACGUGCCUUAUUAAAGGAAGACCGGUGUUAUUUAAUGAUCAGUUUUUCAAUGAUAGUCAUCAUUAUUAUAGAAUAAUGGGAUUCGAUAAACCGAUAGAUUAUAAGUUAAGCAAUACUAGUGUAAAUAAUUCAACUAUGGAAGAGAAUUUAUCUGAAAAGAUUGAAAAUAAAAGAUAAAUAUAUAUAUAUGUAUGUAUAUAUAUAAUUAA